AUGGAUUCUGACAGUAAAUUCGGGCCUCACAGAGUAGGCGUUUUUGACUUUACUAUUCUUUUUGAGCAGAGCAUCUUGUCGCUUCUGCCCACUGCAGUGUUUCUGCUUGUUGUGCCACUUCGACUGUUUGUGCUGAGGAACAACGAGAGGGCUGUCGUACUUGGAACUUUAUUAUGGAUUAAAUUGGUGACUCUAAUUGUGCUUUGGUCUCGAGAGAGUUCGACAGAGAUAGCCAUAGCAGAACCAGUGUUUGGAUUUGUCGAAUCGAUAGCCCUUGUUACUUUGAUCUUUUUUGAACACAAAAACUCCAGGAAACCGUCCAAGAUAGUUGGGGGAUAUCUUGCCGUUACUAUCAUUCUCGAUAUUGCUUUGGUACGCACCUUUUGGAUAAGGUCGAUAUGGGCCAUUGCAGCUGUGUUCACUUGCUCCCUCGCACUCAAAGCAACACUUCUAAUAUUAGAAGAAUGGCCCAAACUCUUGGUACGAGAGCAACACAAGAUACGAGAAACCUCUUCAGGUGUGAUCAGCAGAAGUUUCUUUUGGUGGCUAAACAGUCUCUUUCUUCAAGGACAUCGUGGCAUUCUUGAAACUGAAAAUUUACCACAUAUCGACAGAAAAUUCGAUACAGAUCAUAACGGCCAGUUCAGCCUUUUGAAGUGCACCUUCCUCGCCUACAAAUGGCAGUUCGCAGCAGGCAUCUUUCCUCGACUUUUCCACAGCGGCUUCAACUUUGCACAGCCAUUUCUUAUACAAUCCGUCAUUACCUUUGUUGGCCGAAAGGAAAUGUCUGUACAAAUUUCCAGUGGCCUUAUCGGAGCGACUGUGCUUAUCUAUCUCGGUCUCGCAAUAUCUGGAGCAUGGCACAAGCAUCUCUCAUUUCAGAUGGUCACCAUGUACAGAGGUGGACUGGUCUCAUUGAUAUUCAAGAAGACCCUAAGACUGAAAACAUCAUCCAUCAAAGAUUCCGCACAAGUCACCCUCAUGACAACAGACGUCGAAACAAUUGUGGCUGCUGGAGCGUCAGUACAUGACAUGUGGGCCAAUAUGCUUGAGCUUCCAAUUGGUAUCUAUCUACUACACCGUCAGAUAGGCAAUCCGAGUCUUCUUGUGUUAGUUCCUACAAUUAUCACAACCAUUCUGAGCGGAAUCAUCUCGAUAGCAAUGGAGCCGGCGACAGUGCGUUGGAACAAUAUGGUGCAGAAGCGUGUAGGCGAAACAUCAAGCAUGCUGGAUCAGAUCAAAGGCAUCAAAAUGAUGGGAUUGACCGAUUUCUAUCUUCAAACAGUGCAGAGUCUGAGAGUGAAGGAAUUGAAGAUAUCUGCAAAACUUCGAUGGUUGCUUGUACAAUUUGUCACACUUGUAUCACUUGUCACCCAGCCGCUUGUCUCUGUCCUGGUUUCGUUGAUGCAGGUUGCUGGGGUUGUCGCAGGGUGUGGCAGGAUCCAGGCAUUCCUGGUGCUCAAGGAACAAGAUGCAAUGACAGCAGAGGUACCCGAAAACGACCUGGCCGUGGUCAUCGAGGAUGCAAACUUUUCCACAUACGAAGGAAGCACACUUCUCACUGAUAUCAACAUGCGUGUUGUUCACGGAACUAUUAAUAUGAUCAUUGGCAAAGUAGGAGGCGGCAAGUCGUCUCUCCUCAAAGCCAUCAUCGGUGAGAACACACCCUCACCAGGCAUUGUUAAAAGAGAGGCUUCAGUUGCCUAUUGUGAUCAAGUGCCAUGGCUGCGAAACACCACAAUCAGCAAAAAUAUCAUCGGGCAGUCGCGAGUUGAUGAGAAAUGGCUUGCGACAGUCAUACGGUCAUGUGCGCUUGAAGAGGACCUGGCGCAGAUGCCUCAGGGUCAAGAGACUGUUGUUGGAUCCAGAGGAGUGGCCUUAAGUGGAGGGCAGAAGCAGCGAGUUGCCCUUGCUCGUGCUGUCUACUCCCGAAGCAAGCUCAUCGUUCUUGACGAUGUCUUUAGCAGUCUUGACCAAACAACAUGUGACACAGUCUUUGAUCGACUUCUGGGAGCAAAUGGGUUGCUUCGUACAAGGACUGUCAUUCUUGCAACCAGUAACGUCCGUUUUCUUUCCUCGGCAAACUAUAUCACUGUUGUUCAAGAGGGUCGCAUUACUAGCAAUCAAUUGACACACUCUGAUCUCGAACUUACGGAAACGCUCAAAGCUAUUAUACCCACCCAACCCCCCGAGAUCGUUCAGAAGGACAUUGCCACGGCUACCCCAAAAGAAGAAAUCGACUUAUCACGAAAAACAGGCGAUACAGAGUGCUACCUGAUUUAUGUCCGAUCAAUGGGCUGGAAAGUCAUCAGCAUCGUGUUUCCCGCCUCUGUGACAGGUGCGGUCCUGGAAGCCAUGCCUCAGAUCUGGCUACGAAUAUGGACAGAGAAAGGUGACGGUUCUAAGGACACCAGGUAUACAGGUGGCUAUGUAGGACUCGUUGUCGCCUCCAUGAUUAUGGCUCUUCUCAAUAUCGGUUACUUCCUCAUAGAGGGCGUUGAGAGGUCUUCCAAUAACCUUCACGAGCAACUGUUGAAAGCGGUUUGCAAAGCACCAUUGUAUUUCUUUACAACAACCGAAAAUGGUAGCAUUCUGAAUCGCUUCAGCCAAGACAUGUCGCUCAUUGAUAUGUCAUUGCCGUUGGCGUUCUAUCUCACGCUAGACUUGACUCUACGCGGUUUGGUUCAAACAGGAGUUGUUGCAUCAGGCGCAAGUUAUUUUGGGGCUUUUCUCCCACUUUCGUUCCUUGCAUUAUACCUCAUCCAAAAGUACUACCUACGCACCUCGAGGCAAAUGCGUCUUCUUGAUCUCGAAGCAAAGACGCCACUCUACACGCAAUUCACUGAAAUUACGGCGGGAUUAUCGACAGUCCGCACAUUUGGAUGGACGGGAGAACUUUUAGACGAGAGUUUCAAACUACUCAACACAUCGCAAAAGCCGUUUUAUCUAAUGUUCUGCAUACAAAGAUGGUUAGAGCUAGUGCUUGAUCUCUUUGUCGCUGGUAUGGCGAUGUUGUUGGUUACAAUUGCACUUCGGAUCCCGGGAACCACAAGCGAAGGAGCAAUAGGACUCUCCAUGGUUAAUUUGCUCGGCCUGAACCUAACUCUAACAACUGUGAUUGACCAAUGGACGACUUUGGAGACGUCCCUAGGAGCCAUAGCCAGACUCAAAGCGUUCAUUAGCAGCACACCAAACGAGAACAAGGACAGCGAAAAAGAAAUGCCAUACAACUGGCCAGCAGGCAAAAUUGAGAUUGAGGGCAUCACAGCUUCAUACAGUGAUCAAACGCAACCAGUCAUACAUGACGUGUCUCUAGUUGUCGAACCAGGACAGAAAGUCUGUCUUUGCGGCCGCUCUGGAAGUGGCAAAUCUUCCCUCAUCCUCUCAAUUUUGCGACUUCUCGAACUCCAUACUGGAACUAUUCGCAUAGAUGACAAAGAUCUUACGACGAUACCACGCCAAUACAUUAGAUCGAAAAUCACAACUAUACCUCAAGAUCCGGUUAAUAUUUCAGGUACGGUGCGGCAAAAUAUGGACCCCGAAGAGCUCGUUCAGGCGGAUGAGGUGCUCAUUGCAGCUUUGAAAAAGACAACUCUAUGGUCAAUCAUUGAAACCCGUGGAGGGUUGGACGCUGAUAUAUCGGCACUUGGCUUCUCAGUUGGACAGCGUCAACUCUUCUGUCUUGGACGAGCGUUGCUCUCCCACUCCAACAUUAUUCUUCUUGAUGAACCAUCAAGUAGUGUGGAUGACGCCACAACCAAGGAAGUGCGCCAAAUCAUCCACAAAGUUAUGCACGGCAGGACAGUCAUCGAAGUUGCGCAUCGACUUGGUUAUGUCACAGACUUUGACGUCGCAGUCGUGAUGAAGGAUGGCAGAAUAAUCGAAACCGGCAAUCCAAGAGAUUUACUAACUCGAGAUUCGGCAUUGAAAGCGUUGCAUGUAUAG